AUGAACGGCAACGACGAGGAUAUCUACGCGGCGUUCCAGACGCCGGAUAUUGUGUCGAACCCAUGGACGACGAACACGAACCCCUUCGAGGCCCCUGCGCAGGAGGCUAUGGCUGGCAACCCCCUCAUGCAGGCCCCUCCUUCGCAAUGGGGGCGCGCUGGCAUGGGCUCCGCCUGGGGUUUGCCGGGCAGCCGCAUGGGUACAAGGGGCUGUGGUAUCCUCGGCGCCGCGCGUCCCAUGACGUCUAACCGCGCCGUCGGCUUCAACAGCGCAAGCACCGGCGCCGCUGCCGCCCUCUUCGAUCCCACUGGCCAGGCGUGCAUGGCGAACAUGGCGAUGGGCCCGGCCCCGCCACUGAAGAAGCGGAGCGAGAACAGUCAGGAGGAGGAGCUGGCCGAGAUGGAGAAGCAGGUGAACAGGCUGAUCGAGGAGAGCGCCAUGCUUGCUCUGCAGAAGGACUACGGCGCGGCACUCGAGAAGGCCAAGGAUGCCGGAAAGUUGGAGCGGUCACUCUGUAAAAAGCGCGAGCAGUACGGGCUCGCCGAGCAGAUCAACGUCGACCUUACUUACGCAGUGCACUUCAACUUGGCGGUCCAGUACCAAAACCACCAGCUGUACACUGAGGCCCUCAACACGUACAACCUCAUCAUUCGAAACGUGCAGUUUCCGCAAGCCGGCCGCCUGCGGGUAAACAUGGGCAACAUCUAUCUUGCGCAGCAGAACUACCUCCUAGCCAUUAAGAUGUACCGCAAGGUGCUCGACGAGACGCCGACCGCCGGCAAGGAGCUCCGCUACCACCUCUGCCGCAAUAUCGCCAACGCGUUUGUGAAGCUGGGCCAGUACAGGGACGCCGCGAACAGCUACGAGACCGUGGUGGAGGGCAACGGGGAUGCCAACGCCACGUUUAACCUCAUUUUGUGCUACUACGCGCUGGGCGAGACGGAGAAGAUGAAACGGACCUUCACGCGCCUCAUGAACUGCCGCCUCGCGGGCCUCGACGACGAGGAGGACUUUGAGGAGGAGGAGAAGCGGAAAGACGUCUUGGUAGACGACAGCCUGAGCCGCAUGUGCAAGGAGCGCCGCGCCAGAUACCUCAAGUACAUCAUCACAGCAGCCCGCUUGAUUGCGCCAGUGCUGCACAAGGACUGGUGUGUCGGCUACGACUACAUCAUCUCUCAGCUGCGUACCUACGAGAUGCGCGACCCGACCUCGCACGUGGCGAGCGAGCUGGAGAUGUGCAAAAACCUGAACUACCUCAAGCACAAGCGCUAUCAGGAGGCGAUCAACGGCCUGAAGGAGUUCGAGAAGAAGGACAGGAGCCUGCGAGCACGGGCAGCCACGAACCUGGCAUACCUCUACUUCCUCGAGGGCGACUACGAGAACGGGGAGCAGUACAGCGACCUGAGUCUCGUCGCGAAUCAGUACAACGCCAAGGCGCUGGUAAACAAGGGCAACUUCUCCUUCGUCAAGAAGGACUACGAGAAGGCGAAGGAGCUGUACAAUAAGGCGCUGGCGGUGGAGGCCGACAACGUGGAGGCCAUCUAUAACCUUGGCUUGGCCGCCAAGAAGCUAGGGCUGUACGAGGAGGCGGUGCGCAUGUUCAAGCGCGUGCAGGCGCUCGUGGACAGUAGCGAGGUGCUGUAUCAGAUUGCCGACCUCAGCGACCUUGUCGGCGACCCGUCGGCGCUGGAGUGGUUUAACCGUCUCAUUGGCCGCGUUCCGACGGACCCGAACGCGCUGGCCCGCAUCGGCUCCCUCUACGCCCGCGACGGCGACGAUGUGCAGGCGUUUCACUACUACCUGGAGGCCUACCGCUACUACCAGGUAAACAUGGACGUCAUCUCCUGGCUCGGCGCAUACUUCGUGAAGAACGAAGUCUACGAUAAGGCGGUGCAGUUCUUCGAGCGCGCUUCGCACAUCCAACCGCAGGAGGUGAAGUGGCAGCUGAUGGUGGCCUCGUGCCACCGCCGCCGCGGCGACUACGCGCAGGCGAAGCUUCUCUACGAGCAGGUACACCGCAAGUAUCCUGACAACAUCGAGUGUCUCAAUUACUUGGUGCAGCUAUGCAAGGACGCUGGCCUCAAUGAGGAGGCCAACGAGUGGUUCAAGGCAACGAAAAAGGUGGAACGGCAGCAGUUCCACAGCAGCAGCAGCAGCGUCGGCGGCGAGAGCGGCGACGACGACUUAGAAUCCUCCGUCGAGGGCGGGAACAACAUCAACGGUCACCAUCGCAGACGCACAAGCGGUACGGCUGCACCCGACACGGCAGUCGCAGGCCGCCGCGCAGGUGGUGGUGCUGUGGCUGACAAAGACUUUUCUGUCGGCCUCUCCGACGACGACAUCGUUGACGGCAAAGCAAAGCAGAAUGGCGCCAAGAGGCUGAAGAAGGCGAAGAGCAGCGACUCAGAUGAUGAAAUCGACCUGCCUGGCAUUUAG